GCUUCUCCAAUCAUAGCCGGCAGGCUGGGCUCCGGGGGCGGACGUCUGCCAGGAUGCGGCUCUUUCGCAGCGCGGUGUCAGCUUGACAGACACAGGCGCGCACGCUGCUCGUGACUUCUCCACGCCACGGGGGAGCAAUAUAGCCGGGUGGUCGGCGAGCACGCCAGCCCGCAGCGUAAGAAAUAGAAGUCUUUUUUUUAAUUUCCUUCCUGGUAAUAAUCCACAGGAUUCCGGAUGCGAUGGUAUGCGCUGCGAUUACGCAGAACUAUGCCUGUUAUGCCAAGAGGUCUGAGUUUACACAGGUGUGUUACCUGUAGCUCCCGCAGGGAAGGGGCAGGGUUAGUAGUGUCGCUUUUGGACUCUUUCCGGAACAGUUUACCGACCUGUUUGUCGGAAUUGCUCGCCAGGGUUUUAGCCAAAUGGAAAACAACGCCGGCGCUCAGGAGGACAGAGGGUAUUACUUCUCCUUUGCCGAGCCUCAUUGGGAGUUUCUCUGCCGGCUCGCUUCGGUCGACCAGCUGUUGACAAGAAAGGGUGUUUUUUAAAGAUCACUUUGAAGGGGAAAGGUGAAACCCCCGAGCACGUUCUUUCCCGUUUGUUUUUCGGAGGGAUCGGGUAUUUUUUUUUUGUAUGAUUUUUUUUGCGAAGCCUAAUUCGUGUCUUUCACUGCGUAGGGGGUUUCUUUUGUAACGAGGCAUUGACGCACCGUGCAGACGACAACAGGCAGGGUCGCCAGUGCCACAGAGUCUCUCUCUGAAUAUUCAAUAACGAUGGCUGUGGUCCGGCUGGAGACGGAGGAUCACCCACCCGAAAACAACGGCUUCGUGGCGUCCGAAACGGCUGCCCCGCGGUUGCUGUGGGAUAUUGACGGUUCUGUUUGGCCCUUUCUCGGGGGCUUUGGGAAAUACCAGAAAGAGCUCGUCGUCCUGACCUGGAUUCCCGUGCUAUUUAUCGGAUUCAGCCAGUUCUCUGACUAUUUCCUUCUAGCUCAGCCAAUUAGCACCUGUGUGACCCACCCGGCCGUCAACGCGUGGAACUGGACGGCGAGUUCGUUGUCGCCCGUGAACAUUACAAACGCCAGCUCGCUAGCAGAGCCUUCUCGCGGCAGUGACAAUCACGGCGAUAACAACGACACGCAAUGCAUGUGCAGCGAGUGGAAAUACCAGAUGCAUACGGGACUCGUGCAAAAUGUGGUUACCAAGUGGGACUUGGUGUGCCAAUCAGCCUGGAAGGUCCACAUUGCCAAAUUUUCUCUACUGGUGGGCUCCAUUUUUGGAUACUUGGUGAUGGGAGUACUAGCAGAUUGGUUUGGGCGGCAUCUUGUUCUAAUUACAUCAGUGGUAUUCAUGCUGAUAUUCGGCCUCACGGUGGCUUUCUCUGUGGAUGUGCCGAUGUUUAGCUCGCUGAGGUUCUUUGAAGGAUUUUGUCUAGCAGGGAUCACGCUUUCCUUGUAUGUAAUGAGGAUUGAGCUGUGCCCCCCGGGAAGGCGGUUCUCGGUGACCAUGGUGGCGAGCUUCAUCGUGCUGGGAGGGCAGCUGCUCAUGCCCGGCCUGGCCGCCCUGUGCCGCGACUGGCAGGUCCUGCAGGCUGUCAUCAUCUGUCCCUUCAUUCUCAUGAUGUCCUACAUUUGGGUUUUCCCAGAGUCCCUGAGGUGGUUACUAGCCACUCAACAGUAUGAAAGAGCCCAAACCUUGAUUUACAGGAUCGCUAAAAAAAACAAAGUUAACACAGAGUCCGAUGCAAAUGGAGUCUUGUCAGAACUGGAACGAGAACUUCAUAAGAAACCUAAGAAGACCUGCAUCGUGAAGAUGGUUGGCACCAGGAACCUGUGGAAGAACAUUGUGGUUCUCUGUGUGAACUCACUUGCAGGUUACGGGAUUCACCACUGCUUCGCCAGGAGCAUGAUGGACCCCGAGGCCCGGGAGACAACCAUGUUCCACAAUUUCUAUGCGGACUACUACACGAUGGCGGGCAUCGCCGUGGCCUCCUGCCUGGCCCUGUGCCCCACGGUGGGGUGCCUGGGGCGCAGGGGUGGCCUGCUGAUGUUCAUGAUCCUCACGGCGCUGGCCUCCCUGCUGCAGCUCGGCCUCCUCAACCUGAUAGGGAAGUACAGCCUUCAUCACGAUACAGAGCUGAGAGAGACCCUGAACAAAAAAUUCUCUAUUGCUUUCUCCAUCAUCGGCAUGUUUUCCUCUCAUGCUGUCAGCAGCCUGAGCAUUUUCUUCUGUGCUGAAAUUACCCCGACAGUCAUAAGGGGCGGGAGCCUGGGCCUGGUGCUCGCCAGUGCUGGGUUUGGCAUGCUGACCGCCCCCAUAAUGGAGCUGCACAACCAGAAGGGCUACUUCCUGCACCACGUCAUCUUCGCCUGCUGCACCCUCAUCUGCAUCAUCUGCAUCCUGCUGCUGCCGGAGAGCCGGGACCAGAGCCUCCCCGAGACCCUCGCGGACGGCGAGAACUACACCCGGAAGCCUCUCCUGCCCCCGAAGAAGGGGGGGGAGCAGCACCUUCUCCUGACCAAAGCCGAGAUGAGGGAUUAUUCCCGGGUACAGGAAACGCCCGCCCGCCAGGCCCCCCCGGCCUCGGCGGCAGCGGCCCCCGAAAACACCACGGCCAACGGCGUGGCGUCGUCGUGAUGGCUUCCCAUCAUCCCUGGAGGUCCGCAGAGUCCGCGGCGGGCGGGACCUCGUGAUGCCAGACGUGAGGAGGUGACUUUGGGUCGCCAACCUGAGCUGCUGUGUGAGGGGGUGUCUGUUUCAAGGCGGGGGUCUUCAGCAAAGCACUCUGGGAAUGCUCUGACCUGAAGGACUGGAAGAUCAGUGGCAGACAGAUCUUGAAGGAUGUUAAGGACACUUAGUUUUUUUUAUGGUGUAAAAUUGCCAUUUGCCUGUACUGAAUGUCACUGCUUAUUGUAUUAUCUGUGCUGAAUAUUGAAUGUUGUUUUGGAAAAUCUGUCAUUCGGUUUAACGCCUAUUGUAGAUGGAUGCUGGGAGAUCUGCAGUUCAUCACGUGCGUUCAUAUUAACGAAACCAUAAGUGAAUCACGACCUCCAGGUAUUUAGUUAAAGAAGGCGGCAGUAAAUUUCUAUCACUGAGGUAAAUAAGUAUUUGCCUGGCUCACAGGUAUUUUAUCUUUUACCCCAAAGUCAUUGGAUAAUUACUGAAGCAGCCUGGUUAUACGGCAAUGUUCUAUGAAAUCAUUUUAACAGAUGGUGCUCAAUUCAAGAGUGCAGACAGAGAAUUAUUACUUUUUACGAGGACCUUUGUUUUUCAUGAAAAUGUGAAUCCCAAAAGCCAAGAGCAAAGAGGAAGACUUCUAGAACUUACCUGGAUAUACCUCUUUAUCCAUAAUGCUAUUUUUAAACUCAAUAAUCAAGAUGAACUGCCAUACAGUAGCUGCUACAAAUAAUGGACCUUUAAGAAUUCCAGAAGGGAAAGUCAGAAAUGUCUGAUUUGUUGCAAAUCAAGAUCUGGUAUUAAGAUGGCAGCGGCACCAGAUAAAAUCCUACUUAAAAGAAAACAGAGACUUAAAACUGUCUUCUCUGGAUUCCCAAGACUACUUAAAUAAACUGUAUUUUUCAGAAUGCUCCUUGAACAUCCGAAGUCUACGGUUUCAAAAUACUGCUGCAGAUACAGUGCUCAUGUUGUUGCUCCAACCAAUGGGAACAAAACCAUCUCUUUUAUUUCUCCUGCAGGCCUGGCUCUGUCAGAGGAAAGCCUCCCAAAAUGCAGUACUGCCACAGUAUAUCACGAUGGGUUGUUUUCCUCGUAUUUUUCAUGUGGGCGUAGAGUUCAAUGGCCUCGUGUUUAUCAGAUGAGACAUGGAUCAGUGGAGCUCAGUGUUUACAGUCGUUGCCAGUUUUAUUCAGUUAUAUGUGACAACACUUUUAAGUUAACCCUAAAGAUUACCCCAGUUUUGCACUAAAGUCAAUGACACAAUCAGUUGUUAAUUUAAGCUAAUUCUAGUAAGUGUAGUAUUGUUGAUAUCUGUUAAUUAAAUGUAUAGUGGUGUGUAACUAUGAACUUAAUCGCAGAAAUUCUUUGUGUUACCUUUUAACACUUGAUUUAGAUGACCCUAGAAUAUCAAUUCUUUUGAAGUCUGUUACCAUAGAUGUUUAAAUUAAAGUGGCACUUUAUUAUGAAUGAAAGGAACAAGGCAUUCAACCAAGUCAGGGGUUUUAUGUUUUUUUUUCCAAUGUUUUGAGUCAAGCAGUUGUUUGUAAAAUACAACUUUACAAUUACACAGAAAAUUGUGUCCCUUCCAGCAGAUGCUGUCUUUAGAUUGUGAUCAUUUCCCUGCUCCCUGGCUGCCUACUGAUUUCACAGCCCAAUGUAUUGUGCUCUUGGAUAUUUUAAUAUAAUGUUACUUCUUCACUUGGGUCGUUCAUUUUUUAAAAAUGCUGUUUACAAGAAUGUAAAAUAAUGUAUUGUACAGACAUGACCUUUUUUACUGUUCUUUUUUUCUCCCAUGUUGGUAAAUUCUAAUAAGUUCUGGCCAUCUGGAGUCGUGUGUUACCUUGUACGUUUCCGUUACCUGUGGACUCAGAGUGAGAAGAAUGUUGGAUCCUUUCAUUGUAGGUACAGGGUUAAUAUACUUUCAAUAUUGCUGUAGGCUGCCCAGUAUUCUGUGUAACACCCCAGGAAACCCUCACUAGACAGCCUUUCUAAAACUAUAGAGAACGAUGGGUCUACAGGUAUUUGAUAUUAUAAAGCACAAUGUUUCUUGUGACUAUCUUUGUUUUUAAUUUAAGAUAGUCCAUAUGUAAUGAAAUCCUUCAUGGCCACUGUAUUAGGCCUGAUAAAAGACAUAACUCUGGUGUUUCGUUACUUGAUUGACCACCGACGCUCUCCUCCUGUCUCUGUAGACUUGAAUCACAAGGAAACAGCAAUAGUAAACUGGGAGGAGUGUAAAGACCCCCUUGACCUCUUCAGAGAGUUCUCAAAACUUACUCGAAAGUAUGAGACUUGAAACUUGAAAUUUAGCCUGUUUUCUGAUUCCACUGGAAACCAAGUACUCUGCAAUCUCUGAAAACAGGGUGAAGGAUUUCCACGAAUGAAUGUAAACCACUAUUGAGAAUUUUUAAUACAGUGCACUUGUAUAUAAGCCAUAAAUAUUAUUAAACCAAGUUAUUUAUUCAUUGCUAAAGUAAACUGUAACCUGUAGUUAUUUUAACAAAGCAGCAGACGUCUUUAUAGUCAGGUGAAUGAGAUGACAAGGAAGUUGGAGCCAAUUAUCUUCCAGACAGCUGCCAAAUUCCAUAGUGGGUACAGGUUGGUUUUUGAAGGGUUCAAACAUUUACCCUUGCACUCACUAAUCGCAUUUCUCCAUGCUUAUGCAAACUAGUCCCGUAUUAGAACAUUUUCACUGCCUGACGGCUGUCACCACAUUGAUAAGUGUUCAUUGUGGGUUUUGCUUCAGCGGCGGCUGCUCAAUUUUUUUGUGAUUUAUUUGUCUGGAAGACAUUACUUUUGAAUUUUAACUCAUCCGACACAUAAGCCUGCUUCAGAGAGACAGAACCCGGUUUUCGAGAAGAAACGGCCUUGAGAAUCUAGACACAGAAAUAGACCGUAAAGGAGGGAAGGGGCUGACAGAUGACAUGGAGACGCUCUCGUUUUCGAUAAAUGCCUGAAUUUCAUUUCAGUAAAUGCCUCUGCCAGACUUCCUCCAGUUCACCGUGGCGGGACAGCAAAGACUGGCAACACACUCACACCUGGGCCAACUUGUCCAAAAACCAAUUAGCCUACCAGCAUGUCUUUCGAUCGUGGGAGGAAAGCAGAGCAUCCAGAGGAAAAAAAUACGGGGGAAACAUACAAACUCCACUCAGAUAGCACCCCAGGGCCCCACAGGUACGAGGCAGGAAGGGUGACCACUGUGCUGUCUUCCAAGACCUGACUUUAUUCUUACCGUUGCCAAUAUUGCUCUAGUAGAGGCAGAGGCCUGACGGAUUUACAGAAAGACGUGAAGGCAAGCCCUCAAGGUGCGAGGUGGCAAAUGGAUCCUUAUAGUCUCGCGGUAGAAUUUGACGAACACAAGAACACGAGCAGCUUUGACACACGAAGCACAAGGUUUUGCGUGUUUCCUGGGCCAGUGCAGCACUGCACCCCCGCGCCUCGUUAACAAUGGGAGCGCUCGCCAACGGCUCCAGUCGUCCCCCAGCCUGCAGGAAGCCCGCUGGCUGUGAUUAGCGCUCGGCGCAUUUGUCACUUUCUGAAAUUAAAAGGCUUCUUUAAAGAGGCUCUUCAGGAUGAAACAGCGGCUGUCGGGUGGUGACAUUUGCAUCUUGUUCCGUUGUUCCUAAUGGAUAGAGAGGGUGAGAGAUGGUUUACUGGGGUUGCUGCGAAGGAAGGCAGAAACGGAGUGGUGGUGAGGUUAGUGACCGCGUGAGCCUGGUGCAUCAGAGAUGACAACACUUAGUUAUGGGCCUGUAGCUGCCUGAGCUCAGAUCUUUUUUUUUUUAACCCACCCAUCAAUCACAAAUCACUACCUGCGGCACGGGAUGCUGUUUUCAAGGGAAUUUUCCCUGACUGCUGCAUUUACUAUUUAAUCUGAGCCUUUUGUAACACCGCUGAAAGCUUAGGAGUGACGCCGGACCCACAACGUUGCCCCCGUGUCCAAAAUAAAACCAUGGCAAUUGCAUCUGUGUGGAGACAUAACAAGGGUCAUCAAAUGUGGUAACAUCCUGGUUUGCAAUUAAGAGUUUUUAAAGCCACAGCAGUCUAAAAAAAAAUCAACAGGCUUCCUUCCAAAUGAAAACCAAGAGGUAUUGCGAAUUGGAUUAAUACCAAAGACAAAUGUACUUUCCAAAAAAAAAAUGUAUUGCCAUGUGUUGAAUGAAAAGAUGUUCUGCCCAGUUUUCCUGUGGUACAGACUGAUGACAAACUGCCUGUGAAAUUCCUUGCCUAUGGAGUGGGCCGUCCGCCUGCACUGAGCAUAAUUGUCCUUAUUCCUGUCGACGUUUCUCUGCGUCUUUCUCAUAUCUUAUGGGUUCGACCUUUUUAAAAGUUUAGAAGAUUAAGAUUUUUUUUAGUAUUUAUUCCGGGCCUUAUAAAUACUGCAGGUGUUGCCAUUUCAGGGAAUGCAUCGGUCAUUACAGACCGCUGAUCAGCAAGUGCUGUAAUCCGGAUGGAUCGUACUUUCAGUCACUGCUCUACUGAAUCACAGCAGCCGUUCAGUGUUUUCCAUUUGCUUCCCGAACACUUCUGGGAACACGGAAGAGAAAAAGUGACCUUUCUGCCACUGUGUCUGGUGGGAUUGAUGAUGGGAUGGGCCAGGAGUAGUUCACCUUGAUGCCCACAUUUCAUGUUGUCACAGGAUUCUGUUCUGACCUUUCAAUAGACUCAGGACUAAAUUAAUGCUUAACUGCUUUAUUAAGCCAAGUGCUGCAGAUCACUUAGGUAAUUAGGGAUUAACUGCAGCAAAGACUUGCAGUGGCAUGAACUCCAUGUGCCCUCUAGUCCUUUACAAAACGAAAUUGUAUUUCAAACGUGAAAGACAUCACACACACUGUAUUGGCAAACUGUACUGUGCAUUCAGCACCUUAAGGCUACUCCCAAGACAUUCCCCAUCGCUAAACACACAGAACACUUUUUAUUUCUUUUUUUUUUUUGUGCUUGAUUUUGUGUCUGAGAAACCCCCUUUUUUGUAGUCUUCACAAGAUGCAUGUGAAGGGCAGUAUCCUCAAGGUCAAUUUUGUCAAAGUUGUCCCCCUAAAGGCUUUGUAUUAAAAUUCUGCAAACCUCACAGAGUGUAUUCUAGGAGACUGAGAUCUGAAACACUGGGUCUUUAUUAUUUUAAAACUGCUUUGCCUCAACCGUGCUGGCAUGGCACAGAUAAAAAGACUUUGGUAUAACAAAAGUGUCAACGUUUUUUUUAUUGUUAUUAAUAUUGUAUAAACAGCAGAAAAGGCUGAGCCUUAUUUUUUAUUAACCGGAAAGUGUGUUCUUUGGAUAACGGCUCUUUGAUGUACUUGUAGACUGAGCCAGGAAUACAGUACUGGAAACACAUUCGGUGUCUGCAUGACAUGACCUUGUGUAUCACAACUGUUUGUAAACCUGUGAAAAUAGUAGUAAUAAAGAUAAAAAAGUUGAACAUCAA